CUUCAAAAGAGGGCGCUUAAGGGGGCCUAGCAAGAAGGUGCACGGGGAAGCCUCUGAGACUAGAACGCUAGUGUUUUGUAGCAUCAUGAGAAGCAUUACUGUGCAUUACUGCCUUCUGAAUGACCCUUAGAAAGGCUUAAAGGUUUCAUGUUUUCGCAGGUGUCCUGUUUCGUCUCGAGAUACGUCGAUAUUUUUUGGGACUGUUGCAAUACAUGAAAACGUAAGCCAUGGGUUUGUUAUGGGCUGUCUACACAGCACACAAGCAUCUUCUCCUGAAAGCUUUCGCUCUUGUGAUUCUUACCACAACACUUUCCAUAUCUGCAAAUAGAAUGGACAGGUGCAUUAAUUGGAAAGGCUGUGGCCUAUCGGAGCCCGUUGGUAGGGUGUAUAACGGAAAACCAAUCACCAGGGAGGAAGUUCCAUGGCUCGUGUUUAUUUAUGUGCAUAGUAAUACGUCCAAAGGAAACGCAUGCGGUGGAAGCAUAAUUACAAGAAACGUCAUUUUGACAGCGGCGCAUUGUUUGAAUACGUACCCUAGGCCUAAAAAAGUGUCCGUGUGGUUCAACUCCACAACGUUUCGAGGCAACGUUCUGCAAGCGACGAAGAUGGUGAUGCACCCAAGAUUCGUUGGAAAUUUUCUAGACAAACUCCACGACAUCGCACUACUGAAACUCCCACUGAAACUGAAAUUCAACAGCAUUAUGAAACCGGUGUGCCUGCCGGAAAGAGAUAUUCACGUCAUGGGAAAGCCUCUCACGGUGGUCGGUACGGGAUGGACGGAGGCUGCGGAUCAACUUAGCCAGAGGGCAAUGUAUGCCCAAGUGUAUGCCAUGAAGAAAAAAUAUUGUCUACGUCCAUCGCUAAGAUCCUCAAUUACCAGAGCGAACUGGUGGCCCGUGCAGAGACGUGCUCCCAUUAUCUGUGCCAAAGGAAAAAACACAACUGCCUGUCCGGGUGAUUCCGGCGGGCCCAUGACGCUCAAGGACAAGAACGGACGCUGGACGCAAGUGGGAGUCGUCUCGCAUGGUGUAUUGUUCGAAUGCAAUCCACGCUACCCGGCAACCUAUACUCGGGUUGCCUUGUACACGGGAUGGAUAAAAAAAAUGCUAAACAACCCCAGCAAAUGGAGGAAGCUUCAGUUUAACGGUGAAGUAGGGAAACUGACCAUUAAAAACAAGUGAUUCUCUCUCCACCUUUUUUUGACACGAUAGAGACAAAGCAAUUGCUUCAUAAAAAAUAAAAAUAUCUGAUGGAGUUUAUAAGGGUAUUUUCUUGGGUGA